AUGACUUCAAUGGAUGCAAAACUCGUCAAAGAGAAAUCAUCCUUCUCGGAUCAACCUCGUUCUUCUUCUCCCAAUCUCUCUCCAAAUCCAUCAUCUCCAAGUACUGAAUUAUGCUGCAUGGGACCAUCACAUUUGUUAUUUGGAGAUACACAAACCACAAAUGCUUAUGUUGCAUAUUUUCUGUGGUUUUCGAGCGUCUUGACUUGUUGUAUCAUAUUUCCUCCACUCGCCACUUAUUUCCUCAUCUAUCAACAUCCACGAAAGUAUGUCCGAGAUGGAAUGAAUGAGGCAAUGAGCAGCGGCUCUGCUGGUGUGGUCGAUCUGUCCAUUAAAAAGCAAGAAUCAGAAACUGCAACGCAACGAGUGAGAGGAGAAGUUGAGAAUGAAAAUGUUGAUACGAAUAGACUCAUGUGGGUAAUGUUGAGUGUCAUGCUGACAGUUUUGUGUUGGGUGCCGGGAAUUGUUUUCAAUGUGGUUUUAUGUUUUUGUUGUGUUGGACCAUUGCACACAGAGAAGGAUAGUCCACCGGAAGCUGAGGUUUAA